AUGGAGACAACUAUUACUGUGACAUCAAAUGACACGAAAUCUGCCGAAGAAUCGGACGAAGCGAUAGUGAAAGAGAGCGGCGAACAAGACCUGAAGGAUGAGACGAUCCCUCCAGAGACCAACUCUGAGCCACCGGCGCCUCAAACAAAGUUCACACAAUUGGUUGACUUGGACUCAACUGUCACUUCAAAUGUGGUCUCAGAUCUGAACCACAAAUCGACAGAUAAUGAGAAGUCCGCCGAAAAUGGUUUAAACGAAAAUGGAGUGAAAGAAGUGAACACUUUGGGUGAGUUAACAGCAAAUGCAGAGGAAUUGCCGAACGGAUCAGUUGUUACGCCGAAAGUGACUCGAAGUAAACGAAGUAGUAUUCAGUUGACGACAAACACACCGAUUGAGUCCAAAAGUGAUGACAAACCGAGUGAACAGAACUCAGAGCAAAGAUUGACGCGAAGCCGAUACGGAAGACUACAAAAGGCAAAGACACCGAAUCCAGAGAUGAUUACAUAUGACGUGAAGAGGAGGUCUUCAUUGAAGAGCAGUGAGGCCUCCGAGACAUCGGCCGCUGAGACGCCGCUUAAGAGAGAAACUAAGACCAGAGGCGCCGAUAAAACGAAGACUGAUUUGAAUGAAUCGACUCCUGGUUUGAGAAAAUCCAAACGAAGAACAUCUGAGUCACCGCUUAAGAGCACCAAAAAGAGAAGAUCUAAUAAAUUGGAUUCAGUUAUCGAUCAAAUCAAGAGUAAGUCCAACGAUACGGAAACCAAGACUCCGACGACGUCUUCAAAGAAAAAGACAAACAAAGAGUCUGUGCCUCAGAAGAAGUGCAUUGAACUGACGGGUGACUCGAUGUCGACAAUAGUUGACCGACACGUGCUUAUAACGAUUCCCCCUCAAGAGGGCGAGUAUAGUGUCGGUGACCUCAUAUGGGCGAAGGUGUCGGGCUAUCCCUGGUGGCCGUGUAUGGUCUCACUCGACCCCAUCACUGCUCUCUAUUCGAAAAUUUCAGGAAUGAGUUACAAAGCCGGACGCGUAUAUCACGUCCAGUACUUCGGACCGCAAGCGCUGCGGGGCUGGACUUCUGUGGGACAAGUGAUGCCUUUUGAAGGCAGAGAUAAAUACUUAGAGAAAGUGGAGUCAAUGAAAGAGAGUUCACCGAAAGCACAAACGGCUAAAAUUGCUGCGAAAUAUGCUAUAAAAGCGAGUCUUAAGAAACAAUGGGACCAAUCGGUGGAUGAGGCGGAAGAUGCGGCCAAACUGGCCACAGAAGAGAGGGUCAGAAGCCUUACGUUUGAAUACAUUCUCUCUUCUAAAGUGAAUUUAAGACGAAAACUGGAAAAUUCUUUUGGAGAAGGAAUGGAUUCUAAGCGCAAAAAGCUUAACAGUUCUCCAGAAGACAUCUACGACUUCGAUGACGACGAGGCGUCCAUUAAUGUCUCGCAAUCAACGCCUGGACUAAUGUGGAGAAAACGCGUCCAAAAGGGAGAGUUUGCCACUUAUGUGGACCGACACUACAAAACUGUUGAAUCGGAAAAUCCCGGCGCAAACCCACAGGAAGUGAAUGAAAUGCUUCAAAGACGAUGGGAUCUACUCGGAGAUGACUUGAGGGCGCUCUACACCGACAGAAAGUUCGCGCCAACCAAUGAUAGCGAAUCUCUUGCUGUCUCUACUCCUAAAUCCGUGGCAUUAAAUAAACCGAAAUCCGAUUCUAAACCCAAAAGCAAUAGAAAAUCGAAACGAAAUUCAGAGAAAGUUAGUGAAAAGGCUGCGAGCGAUGGCAGCGAUUGUGAGGGAAAUCUAGUUAUAUCUGAGAGUCCCGUUAAAAAAGCUUCGCCUAAAAAGACACCAAAACCUGAACCCAAGUCCAAUGGACAGCCGGUUAAGGCAUUAAAUUCGGUGAAAAAGUCUGAACCGAAAGCUUCUCAAAAGAAGAAAACUCCCAAAAAACCAGUCGUUGCGACUCCGAAGUCGUCGAAGAAGUCAACCGAAAAGACUGUUAAAGAGAACGGUAUCAAUGAGAAGACCGUUGCCAACAGCGACCCCUCUCUCGUCCACUUUGGGAUCGACUAUUUGGAUGAGUUUACGAGCAGUGAAGACACGAGUUCUACAUCAGAACCAGAAGCUGUCGACGGCGUUAAGAUUUGUAUCGAUAAGUUUUGUGUGGUUUGCAACGAUUCUGAAGACGCGGAUUCAUUGAUGACUUGUCAGGGAAGUUGUCUUCAGAUGUUUCACCGAAAGUGCUCUAAAUAUGAAGGAAUUGAUAAUCAAUUCAAAUGCACUGAAUGUCAAACAGGAAAACAUAGAUGUUUUGUUUGUAAGAGCGCUGAUAACAAGGAUGAGAAAGAGCCCCAGAAGUGCAAUGACAGCAAAUGUGGCAAAUAUUACCACAUCAGUUGUCUGGAGAAGGGAUUUCCCGUGAAAUUGUCGGAAUCGAAGGACAGUUUCAUUUGUCCGCUUCAUUUCUGCCUUAACUGUCAUAUUGAGAGUCAAAACGACAAAGAGUUCCGUCCAAGUCGUCGACGUUUAGUUAAAUGCAUAUCUUGUCCCACGGCUUACCAUUUGGGUGACUAUUGCAUCGCUGCUGGAACUGUUCAGGUGUCGCAGAAUUACGUCAUUUGUCCCGAUCAUCACGAGAAGAGGAAGAAAGACAGACACGUGAACGUCAACUACUGCUUCUCAUGUCUCACAGGCGGUCAACUAAUAUGUUGCGAGUCGUGUCCGUCGGCCUUUCACACCACUUGUUUGGACUAUAGCUUAGAUCCCGACUCCAACUUCUACUGCACUGAUUGCACGUCACGAAAGCCUUUACAUUAUGGAGACAUAGUUUGGGUGAAACUAGGCUUCUAUAGGUGGUGGCCGGGAAAGGUGUCGCACCCAAAGCAAGUGCCCGACAAUGUCAUGAAACUCCCUCAUGGGGUCGGAGAGUUUCCCGUCUACUUCUUUGGAUCGCAUGACUACUAUUGGGUGCACAGGGGACGGGUGUUCCUGUUUAUGGAGGGCGACAACAAAGCCGUCGUUGCGAGCGGUGGCGGAAAGAAGAACAACAAAUCUCUACUGAAAACAUUCAAAUUAGCGACUGAAGAGGCCGCCGAACACUUCAAGGGAUGGCAGGAGUCGAAGGUUGCCAUAAGGAGAGCAAUGGCUGCCAAUAAGCCGCCGCCCUAUACACACAUUAGAUCCAACAAAGCGGUGGGACUUAGAGUCCAGAUCACGAAUUCAGACGAAUCACAGAUCAGUUUAUGUGAAUGUAAAGUGAAGAACGAUAUGUCUUGUAAUGACGAGAACUGCAUCAACAGAGCCCUUAUGGUUGAAUGCGAUCCCAAACUGUGUAGCGCCGGCGAUAAGUGCAGAAAUCAGAGGUUCAAAAAGAGAGAGUACUCGGCCAGUAAGCCAUUCAAGACUGAGUCGGCCGGUUGGGGGCUGAAAGCAGAGGAGGACAUCAAAAAGGGUCAGUUUGUCAUCGAAUACGUCGGCGAACUGAUCGAUGAGGAGGAAUGCGAGCGAAGACUGAAAGCAAUGGGAGAUAACAGUCAAUCGAACUUUUAUUUCCUGACCAUUGAUAAGGAGAAGAUCAUCGACGCCGGACCCAAAGGCAAUUUGGCCCGAUUUAUGAACCACUCGUGUCAACCCAACUGCGAGACCCAGAAAUGGAUGGUCAACGGCGCCACUCGUGUCGGCCUCUUCGCCGUCUGCGACAUUCCCACCGGAACUGAGCUGACCUUCAAUUAUAAUCUCGAUUGUCGUGGAAACGAGAAAACCAAAUGCAUCUGCGGUUCAACCAAUUGUUCCGGUUUUAUAGGCGUUCGCCCCAAAGUGGACGACAAUAGCCGCAAGAGUGCGCCCAACGGACACCCAAUCAAGAAGAAGAAGAAGAGGAACGAGAAGAAGCACUUCAGUAGUAUGCAUGACGACGAGUGCUUCACUUGCGGUGAGGGCGGAGACCUCGUUAUGUGCGACCGCAAAGGGUGUCCCAAAUCGUAUCACUUGGAAUGCCUAAAACUCGGACAAACACCGAAAGGCAAAUGGGAAUGCCCCCGUCAUUUCUGCGACACGUGCGGCAAACCUGCGACCGCUCUGUGCGAGUACUGUCCCAACUCGCUCUGCAAAGAACACGCCAUUCCAUCCAAACUAACACAAUUACCCGAUGGAAGACUUCUUUGUUCGGAUCACACUAAUGAAGACAUGACUAAUGGACUCAUGGAAUCACAACUCAAUAAUACUGACAACGAGGUCGAGAACUUGAGGAAUGAGAGCAUUGCUGAGGAGACUCCAGAACAGGACAAAUCAUCGCUCGUUUUGGACACCUCUUCGGACAUCAUUUCGGAGACGAUUCCCAAGAAUGAGAGUGAAAGUCAAGAACCAGUACUUGAUUUGUAGCGAAAAUACAUUUAUACCGUAAUUUAAAACAUUCACCGAUUUAUUCAAACCGUCAUAAAAAGAACUAAUGAAUUGAUAUAUUGACGCA